AUGCGCCCCAAGCGCCCCGCCUCCAAGUUCUACGCCGUCCACCGCGGCCGCCAGCCCGGCGUUUUCCGCGACUGGCCCGCCUGCCGCGACCAGGUCACCGGCGUCCGCGGCGCGCGCUGGGCCGCCUUCCGCACCCUGCACGACGCCGAGCAAUUCGUCCGCUCCGGCAAGCGCGCCGCCCCCGCUGCCCCCGCCGCCCCGGCAGCCCCCGCCGCCCCGGCCGCCCCUGCCGCCGGCCGCGCCUUCUACGGCGUGCACUCCUCCAACCCCGCCGUCCCCAGCGCUGUCUUCGACACCUGGGCCGCCUGCCAGGCGCACGUGCACCGCCAGCGCGGCGUCGCCUUCCGCAAGUUCCCCACGCGCGAGCUCGCGCAGAACUUCGCGCACGGCACUGCCGCCCACGACUGGGCCCUGCUCGGCUCCUCUCCGGCCGAAUUCGCCCGCGCCCAUAAGCUCCCCCCGCCACCCGCGCCCUUUUCUGCGCGCUCGGUGGUCUACUGCGACGGCAGCGCCCUGGCUAACGGCUCCGCGCGCGCCACCGCCGGCAUCGGCGUCUACUUCCGCGACGAGCCGCACCUCAGCCUGAGCGAGCCGCUGACCCUCCCCCCCUACACAAACAAUCGCGCAGAGCUUCUGGCCGCCUCGCGCGCGCUCGAGCUGAUCUGGCGCAACCUGGCCGCGGUCCCCGCCGCCGCCCCCCGCGCGCUCUACGUGCUCCGCACCGACAGCGAGUACGUCGUGCGCUUGCUGUCUGCGCUCUACCGCGCCUACGACUCCCCCGCAGCCCUGGCUGCAGUCUCCAACGGAGACCUCGCCGUGCCGCUCGUCCAGAACUACUUGCGCGUCAAGCACUGGUACCUGCUGAACACGGCCUGCUUCCACCCCCCUGCGGAGUUCGCCCUGGAGUGGGUUCGCGGCCACGACAACGAGCCGGGUAACGAGGAGGCCGACCGCCUCGCGCGCGAGGCCGCCGCCUCCGUGUGA